AGGUACACCUGCUUGGAAGCGAGCAUGAAUAUUCUAGUGCUUCUGAUUCUUCUCGGAAUAUGUAGUAUAACACUGUCACAAGAAAAAGAAAAGAAGAAGAAAAAUCGCUACUAUGGUUGCGCAGCCGGGGACGAAUCAUGCUUGAGAGUCUACACACGAAAGUCAUUUGUUGCCGCAAAAGAAAGGAUGCAAAAAAUGAAUAUCGCUCUCUACCAGGACAAAGAAGAGUGCAAAAAAGCGUGCAAGAAGUCAUAAUGAAGUAUCGAUACGUGCUAGAUUUGUCUCAAAAGCAUCGGCUACAAACU